AUGAGAUGUUGUGGCUUACCUUUUCAUGUAAUUUUAACUAAUGAAGUCGAGAAUGAUAGUCGAUCAAGUCAUCGAUGCUGUGGUGGUAACGUCCAUAUUAAACAAGCGACACUAUAUGUAGCAAUAUCAGCACUAUUACUUAGUGCUUUCAAUGGUAUUAGUAUGUUUUUUGGUGUAUAUUCCGUGAAUUUUUCACUUGACGUUUUAUUGCUUAUUGCAAAUACAAUUACUGCAACGAUGAUUUUUUUCGCUCUUUACUAUGAAAAGGCCGUAUUUCUUAUUCCAUUUAUCAUCACUUCCGUAAGUACUCACUUUUUUAACAUAGCCGAAUGUGCAGGCUUUUGCAUUUUAGCACUUUACACAUUAUAUUAUACGAUUGCAUACAAAAAGCAAACAUUCAAUACUAAAGUUGAUCAAAUGAUUAUGGUCGUGACUAUAUUUAUUGGAAUAAUAAUUGCUGGUUGGGCAACUUUUGUUGUAGCUAAAUGUUAUAAUUAUUUAAAAGAUCAGAACUCAAAUUCCAACGCAGUUAUGUAUGAACGAUGCCUUUGGCGUUGA